UCAUCAGUUUUUACUACACACAGCAUCCAGUCACCUGGGAGGAAGUCUAUUUAGUCUUUGCGCUGAAAACCAAGAACCAAACCGACACACCGAGAUGGCAAAGAUCCUAUUUGGAGUCAUUGCAGUUGUUGCAUCUUUAAUGCUGGCGGAGUCCCUAACCUGCAACCAAUGCAAUUAUGGUCUGUUGGGCUUCUGCUUAAGCACUUCUACAGUGACCUGCAACAACACCAACGUCUGCUUUACUGGAAAAGCAACUUUCACAGGAUUGACCUCUGUGGGCUUCAACACCCAGGGCUGCAUUGAAUCCACCAGCUGUAAUGUGACCAACAACGGCAGCCUGCUGGGUGUCUCCUACACGACCCAAACCACCUGCUGCUCAACAGACAAGUGCAACCCUGUUCAGACCAGUGGCGCCCCAUCCACCAAGAUGACCCUGACCGCUGCCAUUGGUGUAGCCGUCCUGGCUUCCAUGUGGGGAAGCAUACUGUAACAUGCUAAUGCUAAAUCACCAUAAGCAGCUCGCUGCUUCCAGCUGCUCCUGAAGCCCAUUCAUAUGAUUCAUUAUACCAAUCAGGGCUUUACAAGACCAAACACUCUAUCAAAAUUGUUAAAACUAUUUGAUCCUAUGAGUUUAUAUAUAUAUGAUUUUUAUAAUGCUCAUGUUCUGUGACACUCUUUGUUUUUCAUAACUAAGGUCUUGUCAUGUCAGGGUUCAUUUCUAUAAUGACAAUUUAUAUUAAAGCCAAAACUAAGGUGUCCACAACAUGGUAGUUGAGCAAUGUGAUGUUUCAGGAAAACAUUGAGUUCGUAAAUCUACCUUGCUUUGCUUUGUUUUAUAUUGUAUUUAUCCUUCUAACUACUUUCUGUCUUACUAAACAAACAUUGAUGUGAAAAUAAAGAAGCAUCAACUACUCUUAUGAGAAAAGAAAAAACUCAAUGAGAGUGAAUUGGAGAACAGAACAGCAA